ACUUCUUGAAAUGCAACUCGCCUUGCUCAGCCUCAGGCCGCGCGCAACUGCACGACCUCGACAUUUGCGGGCAGUUCGGAUGGCCGUCUCACAGCAGGAAGGCAGUCGCGUAACGUAAUGUGAUCGGGCCGGACUACUACGAGUCUGCAGCAGCUACUUCCGACCGACUUACAAGCCAUGAUCAACCCUUCGGGCUGCUGGAGGAGAGACGCACGAAUCGCCGGCUGAAGCACGCGAGCCUGACUUGGCCAACAGCCAUGAAUGUGGGCCAGUGCCGCACUGAGACAGCAAGUAGGACGUUACAGCUGACGUGGGCCUGGAAUGCAGUUCUUCACUCUUCCGCCAACAUUGGCGACCCUCGUGGCAUCCUUUGUCCUCACCUUGGCGCAGUCGCCGCCGCCGGCCUCGUAUCAGAACAUCCUGACGUCUCCGCUGAACCCGAAGGUUACGGUCGCAUACAAGCAGCCACCAGCAGGAACGUGCUCAACGGCAUACCCGACGCAAAAGCAGUACUCUGGUUACAUUGGCUUACCGCCAUAUACACUCGCUCCAAUACAGCAGAACUAUUCCAUCAAUACCUUCUUUUGGUUUAUUGAGGCGAGACAGUUGCCCGAAGCUGCACCACUCACGAUAUGGCUCAACGGCGGGCCGGGGUCGAGCAGCAUGGUCGGGCUAUUCAACGAGGUCGGCCCUUGUGAGGUAGUGCAAAUGAGCGACGGCAGUUAUGGCACGCAGUACAGGCCGUGGGGUUGGGACCGCACCAGUAAUAUUCUGUUUAUCGAUCAGCCGAAUCAGGUUGGGUUUUCUUACGACACAGCGACGAAUGCCUCAUACAAUCUUCUUACGGGCGAGAUAUUUGAGCCACCCACGCAGCCGAAUGCGGCAUUACCGAGCUAUAUGUACUUGAAUGGCACGUUUGGAACGGCGAAUACGAACGGCACUUACGAAGCGUCCGCAAACACUACGGAGAUUGCGGCAGCAGCUACUUGGCAUUUCCUGCAAACGUGGCUUGCAGCAUUUCCGCAGUAUAACCCUGCAACGCGGCCAAAUAUGACGGCGGAGUACGCGCAGUAUUGGAGCAGCGUCAAUCCCGCUGGCGUGAACUUGUGGUCUGAAUCGUACGGUGGCAAAUACGGGCCAGUAUUCGCCAAAUACUUCGACCGACAGAACAAGCUCCGCAGCAACGGCUCGAUACCCAGCAAUAGCACUGUCCCUAUAGUGCUUACUUCCGUCGGCAUAAUGAAUGGUAUGGUCGAUGAUCUCAUACAAGACCAAUACUAUCCGCUUUUCGCCUACAACAAUACGUAUGGGGUCCAAGCUGUUACGCAAACAGAGGAACUGAACGCCCUCCAAUCAUAUUCCGGUGUAGGCGGCUGCCUCACGCAGAUACAGGCUUGUCGUAAUGCAAUGAACCUAACGGAUCCUGAAGGAUAUGGCGAUGUCUCAGCGACCGACUAUCUUUGCGAACUGGCGCAAUACACAUGUGCCAAUGUCUCGCAACCAUACUAUAAUAAUGGCUACGACCCGUAUGACAUCCGACAGAAGCUGCCAAGCCCAGAUCCACCAGCGGCGUACCAGGAGUACCUUAACAAUGCAAGCGUGCUUGCUGCGAUUGGCGCGAGAGUCAACUAUACUGAGAGCUCGCGGUAUGUGCAGAACGGCUUCAUCUCCACCGGAGACACGAUUCGCGGCGGGCAGAUUGAGGACCUAGCCUACCUCCUCACGCAAGGCAUACGAGUGGCCCUUGUGUACGGUGACGCAGACUACGUCUGCAACUGGUUCGGCGGGCAGGCUAUCAGCUACGCCGUUGCUAGCCGUCUGCCCAACUAUCCAGUACUGCCGUUGGCGUCAACAUCAUCCAGCGCUUCGUUCAGCACUUCGUCCAGUACCUCGUCUAGGACGUCGGUUACGAGUACCGCCACCUCAUCGGUCGCACCUGGUAGCUAUGCGUCCGGCUUCCCCGCCGCAGGCUACGCGCCGAUCGUCGUGAAUAGCACUUAUAUUGGCGGCGUGGUGCGGCAGUAUGGCAACCUCUCCUUCAGCCGCAUAUACGAUGCUGGUCACUUUGUUCCUUAUUUCCAGGCCGAGACGGCGUUCACCGUUUUCGCGCGGGUAAUCGAAGGCAGCAAUCUCUCCAACGGCAACCUGAUCAACUCCACGACUUUCCAGAGUAAUGGCUCAACCAACUCUACGCAUCAGAACAGCGUCCCGCCUGCACCGGCGCACACCUGUUGGGUGCGGAACUUCAACAGCACGUGCUCAAGCGAUGAUCUGAAGGCUAUGCUUGCCGGUAGCGGCACGGUAAUGAAUGGAGUUUUCUACCAGAACUCGGCGAGCAUGACUUUGCCGACCUCGGUGUCAACGGCAGGUGUGCCUGGCCACCCGGUCUCAACGGCGAAUGCUAGUGUCGUGAGCGGGACGCCUGCGAUGUCUGAUGGUUCACCAACGGGCCUGACGGGCGUGUAUACAGCCACCAACACGCCGAGCCCGUCGGCCACCCGCUCUGCGUCGGGCAGUCUGCUGGAAGCGCUUCACGUCCACUUCUGGCCUGCAUUGUUCGUGAGUUUGGGCAUUGCAUUAGGAAUGACAUUGCUGGUUUAAAGGAGUAUGUAUGUGUACACAAGCUGUAGCGUAUGGCGGUGUCAAGGCUAGUGUUUCAGAUGCAUGAUGGGAGGCGGCAGUGAGUCUUGGCAGACUAUGAUACCCAGUCAUUGUACAUUAGAACUACAUGUCUAUGGUAGACAGCCCGAGGAUAGUAUGCCGAAGGUCGCAAGUCAUAAUGCAAACUCCGGCUUCGUGAAUGAGGCUUACGUAGUAGUCUUACUUCCGAUGCUUUCUUCU